AGUGGAAGUGACGCAAGGCGUAGCGGAAGUGACUGCAGCCGCGGUGUCGUGCUGUGGCGAAGGAAAACUCCAUUCUAAACGCCGGAGCGAGGUUCGGCCUACCCUGAAUUCGCUGCUGUUCAGAGACCGGCGGGUGAAGGCAGCAUCACCAUGUCUGACCGAGAGGUAAAACCUUCAACUGAGGACUUGGGGGAUAAGAUAAAAAAUGAAGAUAUUAAACUCAAGGUCAUUGGACAGGAUAGCAGCGAAAUUUACUUCAAAGUGAAAAUGACGACACCUCUCGAGAAACUCAAGGAAUCGUACUGUGAGAGACAGGGCGUUCCAGUGAAUUCCCUCAGGUUCCUCUUUGAAGGUCAGAGAAUUGCUGAUAAUCAUACUCCAAAAGAGCUGGGAAUGGAGGAAGAUGAUGUGAUUGAAGUUUAUUGGGAACAAAUGGGGGGUCAUUCAGCAGUUUAGACAUUUUUUAUUUAUUGAGCGUUUUUCUUUUUGCUCAAUCCUUUUUUAUUUUUAAAAAUAGUUUUUCUGUAACGUGGUAUUCAAAACGGAAUUGAAAACAGGCACUGCAUCUCUUUAAAACAUCUGGUAAUUUGAAUUCUCAUUAUUCAUUAUUGUUUGUUUUCAUUAUGGUGAUUUCUGAUAAUCAAGCCUCAGUCCUCUUCAGAUUGCCCACUCCUUUUAUAAAAAUUACGUGUGCCCAGAGAGGCCAGCUUUUUCAGAACUGUGCAUUUUCAGGUGAUAAGAUCGACCAAUGGAAGUGUUCAUAAUGACUUUCCAGUUGGCCCUGAUGUUCAAGCACGUGGUUGCUUCACUCCUGAACUGUGACUUCUGGUGGGAAAUGGAGGUUUUUUUUGGAGAACUGAGCUGUGGAAAAAUGACCUUUCCUUAACAACUUGAAGGUACUUUUAAAUUUUGAGGGUCUGGACCAAAAGAAAAGGAGCAUCACGUUAAGUCAAGAUGAUGGAUAAGGAUGAGAGUAACGGUUAACUCCAAAGAUGGCUUCCCUGAACAAUAAGCAUUUGAAGAUUUUUUUUUUAAUCUUGUCAUAAGAUCCCAGAAAAGUUCUAUUUUUCAUUAGCAAUUAAUAAAGCUAUACAUGCAGAAA